GCACUUCCUUCUACCUUCCGGUGUCACGCGACCGCCUCCCCCUCCCUCCCGUCUUGGUCUACCUUUGGGCUGGGCUGGCUGGUGAUGAGAUACUUGGCUGCGGGCUUUAGAAGGCGCGACGGCUACAACUACGAUCAGUUCCGCGUCUGUGACCAUGGCCGAGAAUAACGCUCAGAAUAAAGCCAAGCUAGUCUCUGAGACCCGGCGAAGAUUCGAAACCGAGUAUGUGACAGAAAAGUCAGAAAAAUACGAUCCACGUGAUGUAGAAAGGCUUCAGCAAGAUGAUAACUGGCUUGAAAGUUACUUAUAUUGGAGACAUAAUGUUGUGGAUGAAACACUGAAGAUGCUUGAUGAAAGUUUUCAGUGGAGGAAAGAGUUUUCUGUCAAUGACCUUAGUGAAUCCUCUAUUCCAAGAUGGCUAUUAGAACUUGGUGGUAUUUAUCUCCACGGUUAUGACAAAGAAGGUAACAAAUUAUUCUGGAUCAGAGUGAAGUAUCAUAUAAAAGACCAGAAAACCAUAAUGGACAAAAAGAAGCUCAUUGCAUUCUGGCUAGAACGAUAUGCUAAGAGAGAAAAUGGAAAGCCUAUCACAGUGAUGUUUGACAUGUCAGAAACGGGACUCAACAGCAUAGACAUGGACUUUGUACGAUUUAUCAUCAACUGCUUUAAGGUGUAUUACCCAAAAUACCUCUCAAAAAUAGUGAUCUUUGAUAUGCCUUGGAUAAUGAAUGCUGCUUUCAAAAUUGUGAAAAGCUGGCUUGGCCCUGAAGCAGUAAGUUUGUUGAAGUUUACAAGUAAGAAUGAAAUCCAGGAGUACGUCAGUGCAGAAUACCUGCCUCCCCACAUGGGUGGCACAGAUCCUUUCAAGUAUAGCUACCCACCCCUGGUAGAUGAUGACUUCCAGACACCACUGUGUGAAAAUGGGCCGAUUGCCAGUGAGGAUGAGACCUCAAGUAAAGAAGAUAUAGAAGGUGAUGGUAAGGAAACCUUGGAAACCAUUUCUAAUGAGGAACAACCAGCUCUGUCAGAAAAGAUUAACCCAACUGAGUCUGCGUCCAAAACAGAUGAAAAUGAAAAAGUCGAUUCAAAGAUGAAAACAUUUAAAAAGCCAUUGAGUGUUUUUAAAGGGCCCUUACUCCACAUCAGCCCAGCAGAAGAAUUAUAUUUUGGAAGCAUUGAAUCUGGAGAAAAGAAAACUCUAAUAGUGUUGACAAACAUCACAAAAAAUAUAGUGGCCUUUAAGGUGAGAACUACUGCUCCAGAAAAAUACAGAGUCAAGCCAAGCAACAGCAGCUGUGAUCCUGGCGCUUCAGUUGAUAUAGUUGUUUCUCCACAUGGCGGAUUAACAGUCUCUGCCCAAGACCGGUUUCUGAUAAUGGCUGCUGAAAUGGAGCAAUCAUCUGGCACUGGGCCAGCAGAAUUGACUCAGUUCUGGAAAGAAGUUCCAAGAAGCAAAGUGAUGGAACACAGGUUAAGAUGCCAUACAGUUGAGAGCAGCAAACCAAACAGUCUCAUGCUGAAAGAUGGUGUUUCUGCCAUGUCAGAUAAAACCAGUGAAGAUCUGUACCUACAACUCAAUCGUUUACUAGACAGCAAUAGGAAACUGGAAGACCAACUGCAGCGCUCUAUCUGGUUUCAACAGCUACUGCUUGCCUUAACAAUGGUCUUGCUUGCUUUUGUUGUUUCUUUCUUUUAUUCAUUAUACAGUUAAACAAGUGAUACUUGGUCAGAAACAUAACUACUUUAGACAUUAUCUGGAAAAGGUAUAUAGACCCCACCCAAAUUUCUCCACCCAGCUUCUAUAACUACUGUACACUUGGGCUUCCUACAAGGAAAUACGCAGCACACAGGAGGGUGCCUAUAUUGAAAAUAAGUUAUUUGGAUAGAGAAAUAUGGUCAAGGUAUUGAUUAUUAGAGACUAUAGCUAGUUAGGAAACUACGUAAAGGUAUAUCCAUUGUACAAAAUAAUAGUGUCAACAUAAUUUAUUUUUUCUUUUUGAUUUGAAUGUUUUCAAAGCAAAGUUUUGCCAUGUAAAUAUACAAGCUGAGCUGAGAGGUCUAAGUAACAUGCUUUGUUGUAGCCAAAAACUAUAAUCUGCUUUUUUAAAAAUACAGAAUUACUAGCAGAGCUGAGUUAUUAGCUUUUCUAUACUAUGUAUAAAAACAUGUAUAUUAAAGAGGAAGCAUACUUAAACAGAGUAAUUUAUGUAAUCAUAACUUUGUAACUUGGAGAACUACUUCCAGAUGAUAGUCAAUAUUCUUUUGGAAUGUAAAGCUAUUUGAUGCCAAACCACCUUAGCCUUUGUUUCUCAGUGCCCCUUGUUACUCUGGGCUCUUUAGUGAAUACUCUGCUUUCGAUACACUACAGAAAGCUCCCUGUGGUUAGAUUCUCUUUGAUUUCUCUUAUCAGUGCCCAGAAAGAAAGUCUCCAAAGCAACACCUCCUUCUUGUUAAUUCUAUGCAGUUUCAUGCUGUACCCUAUGUUUGGACACUGAACCUUUUGCCUGGUUUAUUACAAGGGCCUACUACUAUCCCAUUGUUCCAUCUUCAUCUUCAUUCUAGGGCACCACAGAUUAUUCCAGAUUUACCCUCAUUUUUAAAUGAAAGGCAUUAGGUAACUUUUUUAAAGUCUUUUUUUAGGUGUUCAUUAGUAUAAUUAACCUUAGGUUCAAGAUGGCCUUGGUUAAAAUUGUUGGUGAGAAGGAAACUUUGAAAAGACUGGAGUAACCAUGUGUGCAAAUAUAAAAAGCAAAGCAUAGAGGCUUAGAGAAUGGGAAACCCCACUCCUGGUGCAUUCUCCGGUCCACUUGAUAAUCUCUCUGCCUCUGCUACACUCAUACCCACUCAUAGAUGGCUCCUAAAUCCCUACGGAGAUACACCUUGCAGAAGCUUACUUGGUGUUAUCAUUAACAUGACCAGUUUCUGUCGCUUUAGGUUCAAAUGUAUGUCUCCAUUUUAUGAAAAGAAAAGUAGUCUUCCUAGCAAAUGAAUAUUUAGCUAUGGUUGGAGAUAUUCUCAGAAGUAGAGUUGGGGGCUGUCAUCUUGAAGAAGUUGCUUCCAAAACCGAGUUUUGAGGAGUGAUUUGACAGCCCCUUAACAACUCAGCUGAGGAAAUAAAACCUUAAACGGACACUAGUGUGAUACUUGGUCUUAAUUUGGGUUUUUCUGUUUCAGUUUGCCACCUCCAGAUGUGAAACAGACUGCAGUCCACCCUAAGUACUGUGCACAGUACCUAUGUCUGUAUGUUCACAGUUACUUCCCAAGUGGUAGAUUUGGGGCCAUAAUAUAAUCUCAUCCCAAAAUACUUGUCUAAUGCUUUUCAUUCCUCAUCAGAUAAACAAGGAAUUCAGUAGCCAAGAUGACCAAUGUAAUUGUCCAUAUAAUUGUCUUAACAGUGUCCCUUUAAUGUUUCAUAAGAAAAUCAUGAUGACACACUAAAUACGUUUCCUUGCUUGAUGUCUGGUCAAUUGAAUUUAGUAACAUACCUUGUUACCAUUUCUGUGUGGUGAUUGCGACUAAAUGGAACUGCGGAAAAUUAACAUCAUGUCAAAGAUAUCUAAACUUUUCCACUAAUCUUGAUUAAUGAUAUAGUUACAUUUUAUUUUGUUCUUUCAUUUGAUUUAUUUUAAUUGCAUUUGCAUGAUUAUUUUUGGUAUUCUGAUCAAUAAUUUCAUCUUUAAUCAUGUCAUUGCCUUUUCAUGAUCAAAUUACCAGGGAUUUUCAUUUUUAUUUUUGUUUUCAUUUGGGAAUGGAAAUUAAUACAUUUUCCAUGAAAACAUUAAUAAAAGAUCAUUAGUUUGAUCUGCAAGUAGCCUAAAAUGCAAUUUCUGGUAAACCUAGUCUCAAAUUUCAUAAAACCAUAACUUUUUAUAUCUUGCCACUAAUUUUGACUGGAUUUAAUAGCACUUUAUUGUACAAUUAUAAAAAUAUAUUCCUAGAAUUGUUGCCAGUGUAAUUUCUCUAAUGUUCUGGUGCUUUUCAUAUAUUUUCAGUAUUUUUAUUACUAUAUUGGUAUUUUCUUUGUAUAAAUUGAUCAAAAGAACAUGUUUUCUAUUUUAAUAUGUUUUAGAAAAUAAUUACAUUUAUGAAAUAAAUAUCAUCAGGAAAAAAACC